AUAAUUAACCGACAAAAUGACUAUAUACCAACAUUUGCUAAUUCUUUGGUCCAGUUUGUUUGCAUCGACAUUUGCUGGAACAGCCGAGGAAGUUGCAAAACAUUUAGAGUUGGGAAGUCAGUUCUUAGCCAGAGCACAAUUUGCGGAUGCGCUCACACAAUACCAUGCGGCUAUUGAACUCGACCCAAAAAGUUAUCAGGCAAUCUACAGACGGGCCACUACUUAUUUGGCAAUGGGUCGUGGAAAGGCAGCGAUUGUAGAUUUAGAACGUGUCUUAGAGUUGAAACCUGACUUUUAUGGAGCCAGAAUUCAACGAGGAAACAUUCUUCUCAAACAAGGAGAACUAGAAGCCGCAGAAGCUGAUUUUAACAUUGUGCUAAACCACGACUCAUCCAAUAACGACGUUCAAGAAAAAACAGCUCUGAUUGAGCAGCAUCGUCAGCUUCGUCAUCAAAUCAAAUCGGCGUAUGCAGGAGGAGAUUGUGCAACUGUUGAGGAAUAUAUCAAUCAUAUUAUUGAGAUCCAAGUGUGGGACGCGUCUCUUUACAGAAUGCGUGCCAAGUGUUUGGAAGAACGUGGAGAACUCAAGAAGGCUAUCCAUGACAUGCGAAUUGUAUCCAAACUGAGCACGGAUAGUACGGACACCAUGUUUGAGACCUCAAAGCUAUUAUAUACAGUUGGAGAUUUGGAAGAAUCUUUAAACGUUAUCCGAGAAUGCCUCAAGCUGAACCCAGAUCAUAAAAGCUGCUACCCAUUCUACAAGAAGCUUCGAAAAGUUGUCAAAUCACUUGAAUCCAUGAAAAAGAAAGUAGAAAACAGUGACUGGAUGGCUUGCCUCGAGGAAGGCCAAAAGACAAUGAAGUUCGACCCGACGCCAUCAGUACAACUCAACGUCUUCAGAAUAACUAACAGGUGUCAAAGAGAAGCAGGUCAUAUCAGUGAAGCUAUUGCCGAGUGCAAUGAAAUCCUUAAUGAUGACCCAUCAGAUGCUGAUAUUCUCUGCGAAAGAGCUGAAGCACAUAUCCUCGAUGAAGAUUAUGAUUCAGCCAUUGAAGAUUAUCAAAAAGCGACUGAAGUUAACCCAGAUCAUCGAGAGGCCAAGGAAGGUCUUGAGCAUGCGAAGCGAUUAAAAACGCAGGCCGGAAAAAGAGAUUACUACAAAAUUCUUGGUGUAAAACGAAAUGCGAGCAAACGCGAAAUUACAAAGGCCUACCGAAAACUUGCUCAAAAGUGGCACCCAGACAACUUCUCAGACGAGGAGGAGAAGAAGAAGGCUGAAAAGAAAUUCAUUGACAUUGCGGCCGCUAAAGAAGUUCUUCAAGACGAAGAGAAACGACGUCAGUUCGAUCAAGGAGUUGACCCACUGGACCCUGAGGCUCAGAGACAAGGCGGAGGACAUCACGGAGGAUUUGGUCACGGCUUUCCACACGGAUUCCAUCAUUUUGGCGGCGGUGGCGGUGGCGAACACUCUUUCAAAUUUAACUGGGGAUAAAUGUGUCAUUUCAUCAUCUUCUGCCAGUAUCUUCGUCUCUAGGAACCAUCAAUAAUUAUUAUCCAACAUUUUCUUGUAUUCUUCAUUGUGUGACCGGGGUUUAAGACUAGCUCCUUCCAAGACUAGUCGGUGAUAAUUUAUGUAAUUUUAUUUAUCUUUAACUAGAAAAAACAACAAAAACUGUCUGGGUUUUUUUCUCAACUAAACAGGUUUCAAAAUGGUGGAAUCUUUUAGCCCAUCUCUCAUCUGUGGCAUCAAGAAUGUAUCUUCCCGUUUCCUACCUUUCUCAUGUUUUCUCACUUUUUUCCUUUUCAGACGCCCGUUCGUGACACGCAUUUUUUGAAAAUUUUGUAAUCUUGUUCAUUGUUUUCUACAUUUCUACGGCUAUUUUGUGUUUGGAUAAUUUACAUAUUCUACAUCCCACAGACUGAAUAUGUUGCACUGCUUUAAACUAAUAAAUACUGUGUAAAUUU